AUGUCUUCUAUGUCUGGGAUCAAACACGUGGAUACCCUCCAUGAAAUGGACCACAUUCGCACCAAUGCCAGCGUCACUAUACCAAGUGACGUUUUCGAAAAAAUGUACUUGAGUCCGGAAAUUGCCGUGAAAGGUCAACUCCGCAAGACCAUGGCGAAUCCUACGCCUACGGGAUUAAUGGGGUUUUUGAUCGCAACAACACCAGUUUCUUGCAACCUCAUGGGAUGGCAUGGCUCUGGCGGCGGCGGGGCAGCAUUAGUUGGCACGAUUUACAUUUUUGGGGGGGCAUUCACCUUUACUCUAGCUAUUACUUUCACACCAUCAGCAAAUGCGCAAGGGGCCUUUACAGCAAACACCUCAAACGCAUCCGAGCUUGCUGCUGGAAUGGCAGAGUAUAAGUCUAGCUUUGCGUUCUUUUACAUAUGCUGCGCCGUCCUCGUCGUAAUGUUCACCAUUUGUUCGCUUCGAACCAACAUUGUUUUCUUCUUUAUGUUUCUACUUCUUGGACCAGCAUUUAUUUGCAUUGCUUGCGCAUAUUGGGCAUCCGCCGAUGGCAACGACGAGCGCUCACAACGCUUUGAAAAGGUAGGACUUCUCGCUCGACCUAAAUCUUAA